GACUUGUGAACUUCAACCGUCUUGACACCAACUCAUGAUGAUGCCUGGAAAACAGGAAGGUGACGCUAUGGCUGGAAGCACAGCGACAUCGAAGCUCUUGCCGUUCUUCACGGCAGCACUCAAGACAUUUCAGCACUCCAGCAAGACAUUUGCCGUGCUGUGCUCCGUUGCAACGACCACCACCACAGCUACCGAGCUAGCACCGCCGUCCCCGCCGCAUCCAUCACCGCGGACUUUACUCGUGCUGGAUUCCUCAUUCAACCCGCCGACUGUCGCCCAUCGGCGUAUGGUCCUCUCCGCGCUGUCCGACGUCAAAUACGCACAUGAUUCCUCGCGGGUCCUGCUCCUGCUCGCCACCAGCAAUGCUGACAAGGCGCCCAAGCCGGCGGCGUUUCCGGAACGGUUGGCCAUGAUGUACAUCUUUGCCGAGGACCUUCUUGCACAGUAUCUGAGCAGCGAGGGCGCUUCGGGCCCGUCGCCGUCGUCACCGUCGUCGUCUAGUGGGGGCGGACUGAGCGGCGUCGACAUCGCCGUCACCACGGAGCCGUAUUUCCACAGCAAGAGUGCCGCAGUGCACCGGUCCGGCUUUUACCAUCCCACAUCCCAUGCGGCGGCGGCGGCGGCGGUAGCGGAUGGCAGUGAGGAUGUUCCGCGUGAGGGACAACAAGCGACGGAACAAGUCUACCUCACGGGUUUCGACACGCUCAUCCGCAUCUUCAACAGCAAGUACUACCCGGGGCAGGCCAUGUCGGAUGUGCUGGAUCCAUUCUUUGCACACUCGAGCCUGCGCGUGACGAUGCGCACCGACGCAGACUGGGGCGAUGCAGCGGAACAGGAGGCAUACCUGGACGAGCUGCGCGGUGGUAAAUUGGACGAGAUGGGCGGCAGGACAGAAUGGGCAGAUAAAAUUGAGAUGACAGCUGGCCGGAAGGAGGGCGAGGACGUGGUUAGCAGCACCAAGGUCCGCGAUGCGGUCAAGAGACAAGACUGGGGGGGACUCGAGGGUUUGACGAGCCCCGGUGCUGCCAGGUGGGUGAGGGAGCAGAAGCUUUAUGAAGAGUAGGCUUUCCAAAUGGGCCUUCGAGGUUAAGCACGGUGCUUGUCAUUGUCACUUCAGUAACAAAGCGACAUUGAUCUGGAUUGUUGCAUACAAGACUGUGUAAGACCAUGUUAUGAGGAUAGACAUUGAUUGCAUUGCAAUUUGACGAAAUAGAGGUUUGAGAAUAGUCACAAAUGAUAAUUGAUACCAUGC